AAUUGGUACUCGAUGUGGACGCACUUGCAGAAGAUGUACUUGUAGUGGCCGUACCCGUCGUAGAAGUCGUACUUGUCGCAGGAGCCUUUGUCAAAGUUGCACUUUCUGAAGCUGAAGCACUUCCCGAAGCUGAAGCACUUCCUGAAGCCGAUGCACUUCCCGAAGCUGAAGCACUUCCCGAAGCUGAAGCACUUCCUGAAGCUGAAGCGCUCCCCGUAAUGUCAGAACCUGAAGGUAAACUGGUUUGCGAGCUUCCAGUAACAGUUCCAGGUGUAGUGGGAACUGUGCCUACGGGGGAGAUUCCGACAAUUGUAGUAGAGGGACCAAAGAUUGUAACUCCGGAAGGAAUCUCACUGGCAGCCGGGAGGGUACCGGUACCAGUAAUUACAAUAGUAGUAGCAGGACCUACAACAGAGAAGGUAUCUAAGUUCCAAGAAGGAAAAUAUUAUAAAGUUAUGUUAGAGAACAAAAUACUAUCACAUCAAUUAUAA